GCCACGACGAGCGCCGGUAGCCGCGGGGAGGCCGCGCCGGGCCCCGCCCCGCCAACAGCAGGGCCCCGCCCGGGAGCGCCGGGACGACUGAGAAGAGGAGCAGAAAGAAGCCCGAGAAGCGCCGCCGCCAUGCUGAGCGUGUUCCGCUCCAUCCCCACGCAGAUGGACUACAAGGGCCAAAAAUUAGCAGAACAGAUUUUUCAAGGAAUCAUUCUUGUCUCUGCAGUAAUUGGUUUCAUCUAUGGAUACAUCACUGAACAGUUUGGAUGGACUGUCUACAUAGUUAUGGCUGGAUUUGCUUUAUCAUGUUUGCUGACACUCCCUCCGUGGCCCAUGUACCGCCGCAAUCCCCUCAAGUGGCUGCCAGUCCAGGACUCCGGCACGGAAGAGAAGAAGGCAGCAGACAGGAAGCCAAAGAGACAUUCUAAAAGCUAAAAAAUUACUGUUUCCAGGUUGUUACUUUGUUUGUUAAAUUCAUUUCCAAUGAGAAAUACUUCUUGGCUUAGUGUUUGGGUUUUUUCUUAGUAUUUUGUAUGCAACCAAGCUCUGCAGGGAGCAUGAAGGCUGGAGUUUGGAAAUUGGGUCUGGAGUUUCAGGGGAGUCACUGAGAACACAGGGAUGUGGGGAUUAACUUCAGAAGGCUACUGGAGGUAACACCUGGAGUAUUUCACUAAAAAGGAACACAGUGAAUCAAAUUAAUUCUAGUUGCCAUAGAUAAUAAAGAGCUGGACUUCAACUGAAAUAUUUCUAACUGUGUGUAAAACAAGCUGUCAGUAGUGCCAGGUUUUAACAAAUACUGUGAAAUGGUACAUGCCCCACAGUUCUGAAAAUAACUGUUCUAGGAUUGGAGGGUGCAGUUUUUGUUUUAAAUAAAUUUUCCCUGGAAGAACAAGUAAGAAUAGCUCUUGAAACAUUGUAACUCAAGCGUGUAGUGUGUGUGAGGCAGCAGGAUCCAUAUGUAUGGCAUUUUAUUUUACUAGUCAUGUCAGUAAGCUCCCUCACAGCUGCUGGAGGUUACAGUAUUUCAACUACAGGCAGGAAAAGAGACAGGUUGUUCAUUUAUAAUUUUAUUUUACAAAUUCAA